AUGCCCACUAUAAAAAGAUGUAAUAAACGCAAAUACAUUCAACAUAGCGAUCCUGGUAAAAUCUUGGAUCUGGUGAUGAGUCUAACAGACGAUACUUCUGGCCUCCUACAAGCUAAAAUAAAUACAUAUUUAAAAGAAGAAUGUGAAUCUGAAAUCGUUUUUCACAUUAUGAUCCAAGUAGAUCGAAAUGAGGCAUAUAUUGACAAUAUAGGUACAACUGUCUUUCCAAAGAGGAUAAAGAUUAAAAUGUGUGCAAAGUACGAUGCCGUAUUAAAAAGUAGUUGUGAAAAGUCCGACUUGUUGACCAACUUUGAAACGGACUUCCAGCAGCUUGUGUCACCUUUCCUUCUCAAAAAUACUCCAAAGAAGCGUAUAGUAAUGUUCCCUAUAGUGGACAAGUCAUUUGCAGUAAUAUACUGCGUUGUUGCGCCACAAGCACCAGAAGAACAUGUAGCUACUUUCAUACGCGAAGUUUCUUUAUUUAUCUGGCCAAUUUUGAAAAAGACAAUCGCCUUGGAAUACGAGACCACCAUUAAAAAAAAAUGUCAAUCGUUGCUUCGUGCCAUUAGAAAAGUUUUUGCUCAGGUGACAUGUCUUGAGAAACUAAUUGCUGUGGCCACGGAACAAGUGAAGCUACUGGUCAAUGCACAGCACUGUUCUCUAAUACUGAUAGAUGUGGAUAAAAAUGAUUUGUAUGACAUAAGCCACAAGGAAUUCGCAUUGCAUCGUCGUUUCCCAAUGAAUGCCGGCAUCGUAGGUGAAGUCAUAAAGACUGGAAUUGCAAUCAACACACAAAACCCUAAAAGCCAUAUUCUGUUCAAUGAAAAUAUUGAUUCCAUACCAGAGCAGGAAUGCAGCAACCUUCUCUGCUUCCCGAUCCGCGAACAAUCAGGCAUCUUAGGAGCGGGGCUGGUCAUCAACAAAAUAGAAGACACCUACUUUGACGCCAUAGACGAGGAAAUGGCCCUAGCUUUCAGUAUUUACUGUGGAAUUUGCAUUGUGCAUUCAACAAUGUAUGGAAAACUUCACGAGGCUCAUGUAAGAAAUGCGCUGGCGGAUGAGUUGAUCUUGUACCAUUUGAAGGUGGAUGACCGAGAAUUGGCAAAUAUGCUAGAUUGCACAGGGUUCCACGACCACCAGCAGUUAGUUGAUUUGGACUUUAACCAUCGCGCACUACCGCUAAAGGAACUGCCUUGUUAUGUGUUCCGAAUGUUCACUGAUCUUGGAUUCGAUACAAAAUUCGAAAUAAAACGCUGCAAGUUAGCUCGCUUCAUCUUGCAAGUGAGGAAGAUGUACCGAGAAGUGCCUUACCACAACUGGUUGCAUGCUUUCAACACUGUGCAGUGGGCGUACGCUGCUAUCGUCCACUGCAAACUUUUGUCACGAUUUUACACAGAGCUGCAAAUGUUCAUGUUUCUGAUGGCGGCCUUAAUGCACGACCUGGAUCAUCGUGGGUGUACCACGAGUUAUCAACUUUUUGGACAAACGACCUUGGCUGCCUUAUUCGCGUCGGAGGGUAGUGUGAUAGAACGCCACCACCUUGCUAUAGCACUCUGCAUACUGAACACCGAGGGUUGUGACAUACUUGAAAAUCUAUCUAGAAGGGAUUACGACAGAGCUCUUAUAUAUCUGCGGGAUUUUAUUGUUGCUACUGAUGUCACUAAUUUCGUUAAGAACAUGGAAAACUACAGGACGAUAGCUUCUGACUUUUUGGCAACUAGCAUUGAUCACAUGAGUGCAUUGAGCUGCCUGCUCAUGCUUAGCGCUGACUUUAGCGACCAGCUCAAAGAAUGGAGUAGCGUGAAGAAGACCGCUGCGUCGGCGCUAACAGAGUUCUUCAAGCAAAGUGAAGCCGAAAAAAGCCGCGGGGAAGUCUCUGACUUCCAGAUCGAUAAAGACAGAUUUUUCAUACCUCAGCUGGAGAUGCAGUUCCUCACUGAUAUCUGUAUACCGCUGUUUGAGUUACUAGGCAUGAUAUUGCCGAGAAUCCAAAAUUAUACUCAGAUUCUGUACGAACACGUUGAUAAGUGGGAUAAUGCAAGACCAGUGUUCGCCAAGGUACCUGCAACGGCUGGUCUUGCAGUGAUCCUAAGUCCUGAACUCGACACUCUCAUUGAACUUAAUGUGAGAGAAAAAGAGUUAGAAAGAGAACGAUUGGAACAAGAAAGGUUGGAAGCCGAAGCCGCCGCGGCAGAGGCGGCUGCCGCCCCACCUCCUAAGAAGAAGUAA